AUGCGAGUUGUUGGUACCAAUAAAGCUGGUAAUAUAUUUAAUGGCAUGAAAUUUGCAGAUUGGUUGCUUUCUAUUGGCGAUGGAACACUUGGUGAUAACCUACAUGGUGAGUCAAUUGUCUGCAUUCCAGAGCAUCUCAUAUUGCCAAGUGACUCAUUUCAGUUCAAAGAUUUGGUCGAUUUUGUCUACCUUGAUCUAUUGGCUGAUAUAUCAAACAUGGGUAGUAUGGAAUCUGAGCUUACAGCAAUGUGUCCAGAUAUAUUGAAUUCCAUAAAUUACUUUGGUAUCCCUCCACAUGUAUUGGUGUUAAAAAUUGGUUCUCCGAUUAUGCUUUUAAGAAAUAUUGAUCAAUCAAAUGGAUUAUGCAAUGGAACUCGCCUUCAAGUUAGGAAACUCGGUAACCAUGUCAUCGAAUGCUCAAUACUUAUAGGAAGCAAGGCAGGUGAAGUCGUUUUGAUUCCUUGA